AUGUCGAGGAGGAUACAACUUUUCCUUGCUGUUGCCAUUCUUUUGGUGGCAUUCCGAACGGUUGCCGCCCAAGAUACGAUUGUGGCGCCUCCGUUGGUACGCCUCGGUAUACCCUCAAAUCUGUCAGAAUACGAGGCUGUCUGUGGAUUCGUGGGAGAUGGAAACAUGUAUGGCAAAGGGAUCCGCAUUGGAAUGUACCUCCAAUGGAUCACCUCGAGUCUUGCAUACAACUUUGUGCCAGAAGAAGCGCUUAAUAUCGCAAAUUCACUAAUCAGCUUGUCUGUAGGACUGAUUUAUAUUACGGUUAACAACAAGGAGCUCUAUGCCGUGGAAUGUUGGAUCGUCCUUUUGAUGUGUAUGGGUGGCGUGGCUUCAGAACGAGGUUUUGCGAGCUAUAAGAGCUCGGAUAUUGGACGACUCAUCAAACUGAUACUCGGUCUGGCUAUCAUCGGCUACUGGGCAUGGUUCGUCUUUAGUGGUAUGGACAAGAUGAUAGCGACGCCCUGUAGUCGAACCGCCUUUUUCUUCGCCAAAGUGGUAAGCAACCCCAAUCAAUGA